CAACAUCAUCCUCUCGGCUCUCAUCACUGAGGACAUCAAUCAUGUCGUGCCCAGAUUGUUACCAGGGCCAUGCUCACCAGGGCACUCCCCGAGGCAAGGUCGUCACUCUACACGGCCUCGAAACCUACGUCACCGAGCCAAGGGAUGGGCGUCAAGUGAAGGGCAUCAUCGUCGUUAUCCCAGAUGCAUUCGGGUGGGAGUUUGUCAACAACAGGAUCUUGGCCGACAACUACGCAGAUAAGGGCGACUAUCGUGUCUACCUGCCCGACUUUAUGAACGGCCGGUACGCACCAUUGUGGAUGCUCGACAAAAUGAAGACCAUUACCAGUCCAGGGAACUACUUAGCCACGCUAUACAACAUCCCCUGGGUCCUCUACGCCAUCCUCCCCUUCAUGGCCUUCAACCGCCCGGGCCGCUCAUACCCCACCGUGCGCGCCUUCUUCGCCGCCCUGCGCCAAAACGAGGCGUCCGCCCUCCCCGUCGGCGCGGCCGGCUUCUGCUGGGGAGGCAAGCACGCCGUCCUCCUGGCCGGCGACGACGCCGACGACUCUGGUCCUCCGGGGAAGCUGAAGCCGCUCGUCGACGCCGCCUUCACGGGCCACCCCAGCCUGCUGAGCAUCCCGUCCGACGUCGAGCGCCUGCGCCGGCCCGUGGCAUUUGCGCUUGGGGACGAGGAUUCCGCUCUGCCGCUCGGGAAGGUGGAGGAGAUUAGAAAGGUUGUGAAGGCGUUGCCUGAGGAGAGUAGGGGGGAGGUUGUUGUGUAUCCUGGGUGCGGGCAUGGGUUUUGUGUCAGGGCGGAUCUGGGGAGGGAGGAUGUUGUGAGGCAGGCGGGGGAGGCCGAGGAUCAGUGCAUGAGGUGGUUUGGGGAGAAGUUUGGGACGUACACGUCAUAAUUCGAGGGAAUUAAGUUUGGAAAUGCCUUAUUGAAUACCCUAGGUAGUUUUAGGUGGUAGAGGUGCUUGGAUAUGAGAGAGUUGGGAAACUGUUCGUCUUUCGGACUUGCUAUUUCUGCCGAGAGCUGUCUGAACCUAGUGACUUGCAGCGGCUUCGCACACCCAAUGCUUACCCGAGUAAGUGGGUGCUCGCAGUAUUUACAAGAACUUAUCAAGGGGGUGAUGGUCUCUGGGCUGACAUAUCCAUGAGCGGGGUGAUGAGGAGUGACUCCUUCGCAAGGACUACUUCAUCAUGGGAUACGGAUACCACACGAGGGAUAAAGACGGAAGUGAAAUAAAGAAGCUUGCUACAUCGAAAUUUGUGCACUUUGGCAGGCCAAGUCGGAGAUAUCCUCUUCUGCCAAGCUCACCCCAAAUUGCAGCAGGAUCGACCACACAGCAAUGCAGGCAC